AUGGAAAUGCCUGACCUUGCAAAAGUGAAUGAAUGUGAACUCUUCAUGAGGACAUGGAAACAGCUGAAGAUGCACCUUUUUGGCGAAGUUCCUUCAUUAUUUAAGGAAGCCGUUCCUUCAGCUGCCUCAACACGCAGGUCCAGCCUUGGAAAACGUGCUGUUUGCUUGCUACAGCGUUGCUGUCCCAGAUGUGACGUAACCCGCCAAUUGCAGUAUUUGCAGUUUUUAAAGAGCACAAAACAAAUCUGGGCUUUUUUUUUUUUUUUAUCAAAGGACCCCGACUCCAACAUGACAUUUCAGCAGAUCUGGUGGGUUUGGCUGUUCGUCACCACCCUUCCUCUCCUCCUGUUGCCCAUUCCCACGUUAACCGAGGUUGUCAAGUCGGUGUCCGAAUGCGACCAGUUUCUUCUUGGCCAGACUCCUCCACAUGUACCAGGCAUCCUUGAGGGCGGGAGGAUUCUUGACCAGAACCGAUACAAACUCAUCUGCCAGACUUACAACAACAAGCCAAGAUUUGUCACACUCUACGAUGUCAGAAAUAAGAUCCCGGUGUUUUCUGCCUACAAGUAUGUUGGAGAAAAAGACAGGAAGAGACCAAAGUCCAAAUGGAAAAUAGAGCCACAGCUUGAGAACGAAAAUCUCGGAAAGAACAUGAUGACCAAAGAGAAGAACCAGAUCUACAUGCAACAGGGUGUUGACACAGAUUACAGAUCCAAUGGAACAGUCGACCGGGGUCACAUAUUUCCAAGCUCUUACGGAUCAACCACAGAAGAUAAAAAGUCUACUUUCACCCUGACCAACGUUGUUCCACAGGCAGAGUCAUUCAAUAAAGGAAGCUGGAACAGAAUGGAAAGAUGCACCAAAUGUGUUAUGGAAAAGUACUGCACCAACAGCAGCGGUGCUCCCGAAGGCUUCGGACUGACUGGAUCACAACCCAGUUUUAACAACACCCUGAACAACAGGAUCAACAUUCCCUCCACUCUGUGGUCAGCAUUCUGCUGCUACAGCACCAUCACCAGGACGUGGAUAGCAAGCGCACACUGGGGGGACAACAUUCCAGAUGGGUCUAGGAACAAACACUUAGAGACCAAGACUCUGGCAGAACUCCAGAACAGACUUUGGGCUGCAGACUCCGAGUUUCAAGUAUUUCCUGGAGCAAAGUGUCCUCUCAGCACAACCGUCACCAAGUUUUACCCAGAUAUCCCAAACUGUGACUGCCCCCUUUUCAUUCCACCAACCCCUACUGUUUCAUUUUCAGGAUGUAGCUCAGUCACAUCUAUAUCUACUUUUAUUGUUCUCUGUACUCCAUUGUUCAUAUAUUUAUAUUAUUGCAUGUUUAUUUAAUCCAAAGCACCUGGAGGUGUUUGUGUCAUCUUCAUUGUUCCCAGAGUUGGGGUCGGAACUCCUCUGCUGCUCAAGUCAGAGUUAAAGCUUCUAGUGGUCAUUUGUAGACCAGUAACUGUUUGGGAAUAACUGCUGGUGACACUUGUGACCAAUGUUGAGCAUCUUACCUUUACAAAGUUAUUAGAUGCAAAUGUUCCCCAAAAUAAGAGUUAGUAACUCCGUUGCCACAUUGUAAAAGUAAUUAGUUACUUAUAAGUAAUGUUCACGCUCUACAUGUUCUAUGUCAAAGAUGUUUUAACUGGAUGAUUCUUCAUAUGUAGAAUGGACAUUUCAGGAAUCUGAAAUAUCCAUUCAGCAAGAAUGUUCAUUAAACCUUUCUAAGAAGGGUCACUUUAUUAACAUUGCUCAGUGCAUUAUUAAGCAUUAAUAAGCUACUAAAUAAAGUAUUAACUGCUUUCUGUUUCAUGACAUUUGCUUUGACGAACUGGUUCAAACGUAAUGAUAAUGACCCGUACUUGUAUAGCACCUGUCAGAGUCAGAGGACUCCAAAGCGCUUUACACUACAGUGUAUCAUUCACUAAUUCACACACUGGUGGUGAUGAGCUACAUGCAACAGCUGCAUGGGGCGCACUGAGCACCGAGCACACCAGUUAAGUAAGGUGGGUGGGAGACAAAAAAAAUUAGAUAACA